CUCUUCGGAGAAGGAGGUUUACUGACCGACCUCCACUUCCCAUCUACUGAUUUUUUAUCUGACUAAACUAGCAAAAAUGCCGAAGGCUCUCUUUAUGGUGGCAUCUCUCCUAGUUUUGGGAAAUGUUGCCUUUAUCCAUGCUUCUUUUGAUCCCAGCCUCAUCAUAGAUAUGGCAAAAAUCGUCAUGGACAAUUACUGCUCACCAGAGAAACUGCUGGGGAUGAAGGAGGCAAUUGAAGCAGCCAGCAGCAACACUGAGGUUCUCAACAUCCCAGACAGUGAAACCUUGGCUAAUGUCCUCAGUGCUGGAGUCCAGACCACAGUCAGUGACCCACGCUUGAUGGUCUCCUUUGAGCCAAACUACGUCCCUGCGGCUCCCCCAAAGAUGCCUUCCUUGCCCCCUGAGCAGCUCGUUGCUGUCCUCCAGACUUCAAUAAAACUCGACAUCCUGGAGGGCAACAUUGGAUACCUGAGGAUCGAUCACAUCCUUGGAGCAGAGGCUGCUGAGAAGGUUGGCCCUUUACUCCUAGAUCUGGUCUGGAAUAAAAUCCUGCCAACCUCAGCUCUCAUCUUUGACCUGCGCUAUACUGGCAGUGGGGACAUCUCAGGGAUUCCCUACAUUGUGUCCUACUUCACUGAAGCCGAGCCUUCCAUUCAUAUUGACAGCAUCUACGACCGUCCCUCAAACACCACUACGAAGCUUAUGUCUAUGACCACACUGCUGGGGGACAGAUAUGGCAUUACCAAACCCCUUAUUGUCCUCACUAGCAAAAACACCAAGGGCAUUGCUGAGGAUGUUGCCUACUGCCUCCAGAACCUGAAGAGGGCCACCAUUGUGGGUGAGAAGACCGCUGGGGGUUCUGUGAAAGUCGAUAAAAUCAAAGUGGCAGACACUGACUUCUAUAUUUCAGUGCCAACUGCAAAGUCUAUCAACCCCAUCACCGGCUCCACCUGGGAGAUUACAGGUGUGACCCCUGAUGUGGGUGUCAACGCAGAGGAUGCCCUUGCUACUGCCAUCAAGAUCGUCAACCUCCGUGCCCAAAUUCCAGCCAUCAUUGAGGGAUCAGCAACCCUGAUUGCUGACAAUUAUGCCUUUGAAGAAAUCGGGGCUGAUGUUGCAGAAAAGUUGAAAGGACUCCUAGCAAGCGGCGAGUAUAGCACUGUUGUCUCUAAGGAGAGCCUGGAGACAAAACUGUCUGCAGACCUAAAGACCCUGUCCGGGGACAAGGGCCUCAAAACUACCAGCAACACUCCAGCUCUGCCACCCAUGAAUUAUUCUCCAGAGAUGUACAUUGAGCUGAUCAAAGUCUCCUUCCAAACUGACGUAUUUGAGAACAACAUUGGCUACCUGCGUUUUGACAUGUUCGGAGACUUUGAGGAGGUCAAGGCCAUUGCCCAGAUUAUUGUUGAGCAUGUCUGGAACAAAGUUGUCAACACUGAUGCCAUGAUCAUUGACCUCAGGAACAACAUUGGAGGCCCAACAACAGCCAUCUCAGGUUUCUGCUCCUACUUCUUUGAUGCUGACAAGCAGAUUGUGCUGGACAAGCUGUAUGACAGACCAUCCGGCACCACCACAGAGCUUCAGACCCUGCCUGCUCUCACUGGCACGAGGUACGGCUCAAAGAAGAGCCUGCUCAUCCUGACCAGCGGAGCAACUGCCGGUGCUGCAGAGGAGUUUGUUUACAUUAUGAAGAAGCUCGGCCGUGCUAUGAUUGUGGGAGAGACCACCUCCGGGGCAUCCCACCCAGCUAAGAAUUUCCAAGUUGGCGAGACCGACAUCUUCCUCAGCAUCCCCACUAUCCACUCCGACACUUCAGCCGGUCCAGCCUGGGAGGGAACUGGCGUCACACCUCACAUACCUGUCGCAGCUGAAGCUGCCCUUGGUACUGCCAAGGGCAUCUUAAACAAGCACAUUGCAGGCCAGAAGUAAACCAUGACCUAAACAGCUGUAGGGGUUUCAACAGUCACUUCUGCUUUGGCAGCCAAAUGGUUACAAGAUUUAGAAUCUAGAGUUUAAGAAUCGAAGAAUGUAGAAUAAGUACAAAGUACAAAGUAUAAUCUGUUACUCAGCAUUUCAAAACCUAAGCCUUUUAACCUGUAAUAACAGAUCAAUGUUUCAGCAGUAGGUUUUACUUGUACUUUAUUUCUGUUGACUAUCACUGGCUGUUGAAGGUUUUAAGAAGGAAUGGCCCUGAGAAGCCAAUUCUCCUGUGAAGUUGGGUGUCAAUAAAUCUGUGUCAAAGCUCAGUUGUCAAAACGUCAUCAAAUCAAUUUUCAAAAAUGAUUAAGGACAGGAAAUUAAUUAGGUAAACAACAUUUUCUAUUCAUGUAUUAUCUUGGAUAUCAGAAAACCAUCAGGCGAUGUCCUCAUCAUGUGUUUGAAAUACUGUAUGCCCAUCAUGCUAUGUCGGCCUACUUGGGCUGUAUCAAUGUUGGUGGUGAGACACAAUAAAAAAAGAC